UGUAUAUAGGACAUCGGAGAGUCGGUUGUGUCGUUUCUGCGGGCGAAAUAUUUUCCUUGCAAGGCAAGCGGGUGGAAAAUCUAGGAAAGUUGGAAAACUGCAUUCUCUCAACAACAAAAAUGGAAGAUAAAGAAAAUGCCAACAAAUCUAUAUGGAACGAAGUGGACAGUAUACUUGAAAACACUUUUAUUUCCCCUAAAAACUUAAAUUCCCAUGUAUUGAAACAAAUUAAGACAGAUACAAAUUGUAAUUCUCCAAACAGUAUGACAGUAGCAGAUCCUGAGUCUGCAGCAGUAAAAUCCAAGGUUAUGUCAUUUACUCAGACUUUUCUACAGAAAGCAAACAUAAACAAACAGAGAAAAGCAGAUGUCCCCAGCUCUGUUCCAUGCAUUUCAGAGAAACACAUACUUGGCUCAUAUCGUGGCAAAAUAGUUUCUUCUAAGGUAAACUCAUUCAGAAAAGUUCCAGCAAAUGAGUCUAGAAAUUAUCUUCCUGCUCUGCCUAAAUCAAGAGUAGCCACAACUAAUAAUGCUAAAGUCGCUGGCAAUGCUGGUGCUCCUAAGGUCCCAAAUUCUACCCCUUUUCAAACCAGUACUGUGAGAGUUUCUGUUUAUCAUCCCAAAACUAUUCUGAAUCAUGAGAAACAAUCUGUCAGUGGUAGCACAGAGAAUAAUGGGACUACCCAAAAAAACUGUCGCAGCAAUCGGAAACCACUAUUAAAGACUGUUCCAACCAAUGCUAAUAAUUCUGUCCAGAGGACAAAGAAACUUGCUCCAUCUAAAACUGUAAGUGGAAGCCUAAAAGUACCAGCUUUCGAAAGUCGUGCUACUAUGUCACCUUCAAAAUCAACUAAAAAAGCUCCGACAUCUGUAGAUGUGAGAAGACUUCAGCUAGCUGAAUGGCAGGCUUCAAAAGGGACAAAGAAGCAACAUAAUACCAUAGCUGCAAAUAGCCAGCCUAAAAAAGCAACAUCUCAGCAAACUACAAAAGAGCCAGCUGAAUCCUUUUGGGCCACAAUCGUUGAAGAAGAUGAGCAAGGAUUACUUAGUGAUAAGGUCAACAAGACGCUUGCAGAAUGUCUGGAUCUCAUUGAAAAGGGCUCUGUAGGUGAAAAAGUACAUUCCAUUUUGGAAAACCUGAUAAUGAAAGUACCAGAUGCAAAAAAGUUUGCUAAGUAUUGGGUGUGCCAGAUGCGUCUUGAACAGUUUCGCUCCACGGAAAAAGUAAUCACUAUCUAUGAAAAGGCAAUUCUUGCAGGAGCGCAGCCUAAGGAUGAGUUACGUCAUACACUUGCAGAUGUUAUAAAGACUAGACGAGAUCUACCAAAAACUGAUGAAUGUGUGAAGGAAGAAAACAUUGUAAAUCCUGAGGGACCAGCUGAAACAGAGAUAGAAGAAGCUUUCAAGGAAGUCAGUUUGAAAAAUAAGGUGGAGCAUAGUAAUGAAACUUUUCAAGAAUCAACAGAAAUUUGCUCAAAAAUCAAAGAAGACUUGCCUAAGAAAAAAAAGAACAAAAAUAAAGAACAGAUGCAGAAACCUAUAGACUUAAAAAAUGAAGAAACUGAUACCAGUGCAGAGAAAGAAAGACUUCAAGAGAUUCAAACUCCUGAAAAUGAAAAGGGCGCAUAUUUAAUAAAAUAUAAUUUGUCAACCACUUCCCAUUUGGAAAGUACAAAGAAAAGACUGCAGUGUGAUGAUUCAACCAUUAAAAAUCUGAAAUUCCUAACACCUGUGAGACGGUCCUGCCGCAUCCAUGAAAAAGCAAAUAAGUUACCAAGUAUGCUGAAAGAGCACAGCCCUUGUGUUUCUUCGCUUCAACAGCUUGGAGAAUUGGGAGAUGAAGGCACUGGUUUCAUCUACAGACCAAACAAUGCAUUAACUAUCAGUCAACAGGACCAAAGCAGAGAAUGAAAGCACAUGUUUAUUUAAGUUGAAGUCCUUUAACUUAGUGCAGGUGUUAUGUUGCCAUGGUUUAACUAACUUAAUUUAGCUUUACUGUUAUUGAACAAAUAAAUAUCUUAACAUGGGAAUGAUUGCUAUGCUUUAACAUGUUAAAGAUGCAUUUAUACCAAUUUUACCAUUGGUGAUACUAAAUUAAUUGUAUAAUAGCAUUUAACUAAGUUGAACUUUGUGGGCAAAAAACACAAGAUUAUUGUAUCUAAUUUGUAGAUCUGAAGAUAAACCUUUACAAAUAUUGGAAAUAGUCACUAACCUUUUUGAUAAUUUUCAAUGUAUAUUAAAUAUUAAUUCACUUUUA